AUGUUCUCCCACGGAUACGAAGUUGACACAAAAGAUUUGGUCAAAGACCCUUUCUCCUCUUGUUUCGUUGGUUCGAACCUUCCCCCCUUCGUUUCGUUGGUUCGGACCUUCUCCCAUACGUUUCGUUGGUUCGGACCUUCUCUCCUUUGUUUCGUUGGUUCGGACCUUCUCUCCUUCGUUUCGUUGGUUCGGACGUUCCCCCAUACGUUUCGUUGGUUCGGACCUUCUCUCCUUCAUUUCGUUGGUUCGGACCUUCUCUCCUCCGUUUCGUUGGUUCGGACCUUCCCCAUACGUUUCGUUGGUUCGGACCUUCCCCAUACGUUUCGUUGGUUCGGACCUUCCCCAUACGUUUCGUUGGUUCGGACCUUCUCUCCUUCGUUUCGUUGGUUCGGACCUUCUCUCCUCCGUUUCGUUGGUUCGGACCUUCUCUCCUCCGUUUCGUUGGUUCGGACCUUCUCUCCUCCGUUUCGUUGGUUCGGACCUUCCCCCAUACGUUUUCGUUGGUUCGGAUCUUCCCCCAUACGUUUUCGUUGGUUCGGACCUUCCCCCAUACGUUUGGUUGGUUCGGACCUUCCCCCAUACGUUUGGUUGGUUCGGACCUUCCUCCAUACGUUUGGGCGCCUACGUACAAGACUUCUCUCUCUCUCUCACUUUCUCUCUCUCUCUCUCUCUCUCUCUCACUUUCUCUCUCUCUCUCACACUUUCUCUCCUUCUCUCACUCACUCUCACACCCUCACUGGAAACCUUUAA